CAUAGGAGCAGAUGUACAGGGUGUGCCUAACUCACUCUCAAGGUUGCAUAAGCAAGAUUUCAAAAUUAGUCCUACUCUGGAGACCUCAAUGUAAUAUACAACGUUCCUGACUAAGAAAGAAGAACUGUAUCAGUCUUUUCUUUCUUUCUUUCUUUCUUUUUUUUUCAAAUAUUUACCCUUACUUACUCUUAUAUCCCCGCCUUCUCCUUCUGCAGGAAACUUUAUUUCCUACUUCUGCACACCAAGUUCCCACCUCCAGAUCUGCUGGGCUCCGUUGCUGAGAAGCCUGACACACCCGUGCCACUUGGAAGAAGCCAUCCACUGCUUUGCUCUCAGAACCUGGAGCUGAGAACCCCUGAGGACCUUUGAAAUUGAAGAACUGAGGGCUCAAAUUCCAGCUCAGCCAGUACUUGCUUUGACAGAGGAAGAUGGGUGACAAUGACACACUUCUCCAGUUCACCCACAACAUGCUGUCCACAUCUCAUUCUCUGAUUGCAACAAUUUUCCAGGGGAGCGAUGAAGACCCCAGCACUACUUAUGACUAUGGGGAGAGUGUCCCCUGUGAAAAAGAGGACGUGAAGAAAAUUGCAGCCUGGCUCCUGCCCCCACUCUACUCGCUGGUGUUCAUCUUCGGUUUUGUGGGCAACAUGCUGGUCGUCCUCAUCCUGAUAAACUGUAAGAAGCUGAAGAGUAUGACGGACAUCUACCUGCUCAACCUGGCCAUCUCCGACCUGCUGUUCCUCAUCACCAUCCCAUUCUGGGCUUACUAUGCGGCAAAUGAGUGGGUCUUUGGAAACGCGACAUGUAAGUUGUUCACAGGGAUGUAUCACAUCGGUUAUUUUGGCGGAAUUUUCUUCAUCAUCCUCUUGACAAUCGAUAGGUACCUGGCUAUCGUCCACGCUGUGUUUGCUUUAAAGGCAAGGACAGUUGCCUUUGGGGGGGUGACAAGUGGGGUCACCUGGGUGGUGGCUGUGUUCGCCUCUCUCCCAGGAGCCAUCUUCACCAAAUCCCAAGAAGAAGGGCUUGUUUACCUCUGCGGCCCUUAUUUUCCAGUCGGAUGGAAGAAUUUCCAUACAAUGAUGAGGACCAUCUUGGGCCUGGUCCUGCCACUGCUUGUCAUGGUCAUCUGCUACUCAGGAAUCCUGAAGACCUUGUUUCGCUGUCGAAACGAAAGGAAGAAACACAAGGCUGUGAGGCUCAUCUUCGUGAUUAUGAUCGUUUACUUUCUUUUCUGGACUCCCUACAACAUCGUCCUUCUCCUGGACACCUUUCAGGAAUUCUUCAAUGUGAGUAACUGUAAGAGCGCCAGUCAGCUGGACCAAGCCAUGCAGGUGACGGAGAUCCUCGGGAUGACGCACUGCUGUAUCAACCCCAUCAUCUACGCCUUCGUCGGGGAGAAGUUCAGACGGUAUCUCUCCGUGUUUUUCCGAAGGCACAUCGCCAAACACCUCUGCAAACAAUGCCCUGUUUUCUAUCGGGAGACAGCUGACCGAGUGAGUUCAACAUACACCCCUUCCACGGGGGAGCAGGAAGUCUCGGCUGGUUUGUAAAUGAACAGCAGUUUGCUUGAUAUUUUUUAGGGGAGAUGGCAAUCUAUAUAUGAUAAUAAGCCCAAAGGGUUUGUUGAAAAGAGGGGCUUGUGAAUCUUUCAAGCAAGUGCCCAGGAGCCUUAGGGUUGCGCGUACCAAGACAGACGGAUGUCACUCCUUGUACAGCCAAUGUGUACUCCAGGAAUACUCCAGAACAAUUGUGGGUAGAAACUGACUCUCUAGCAAGCUCCUCUUGGUUCCUGGAAAAUGCCACAGUGCCUUGUGCAUAUGCUCUUUCCCCAGUCUUCACUAUUUCUUCACCCACUCUCUGAUUUGAUCACUCUCUUUCAUCAAGCCCCCAGCUGGAGGCAGGGAGAAGAACAAGACAGACAGGGGUGAACAAAGUGAGGUCGAGUGGGGUUGGGCCACGUCCAGGGAGGAGGGAGGUGUGAGCAUGGCUGAGCCUGGAUGCGGAUGAAGAUAAGGGGUUUGCUCGUUCAGCCAGGCAGUAGCCCUGGCUCUUAGUCCCAUCUCUCACACCUGUAUUUGACAUUGAAGGCUCUCCCAGGUCCUGGAAAGCUUGGGAACUGUAAUUACUUUCUGACAGCUUUGCUUGGGUCCCAUGAUCCUUUUCUGUGUAAGUGCAUGAUACAUUUUUGCUUUAUUAUGAUUUAUCUAUGCCAACCACACACCCUACAUUUGAAAUCUAUUAAAUCGAUUGCCUCAUUGUUCUUAGGCUUCUUAGGCCACUUUCCCCUAUAAAAAUUUUUGUUUACAAAAUAUGCAAAAUCUAUAAUGAGAUGAAAAAAAUAAAGCCUUCGUUUGGUCUUUCCAGGGAAAGGGGAGGCAUGGAGGUAGUGAUUAGGAGAAAGGAUGGGGACCAUUGAGUUCCCCCAUAGGUUUGCAGGGCCAUAGCAAGAGUGAGAUCACCCCUGGAAUGUUUCUAGAAACAGCUAAGGGAGAGGACAGGAAGGAUGUCUCGGAACCCCUAAAGGCCUCAUGUAUCGGAUCUGACUAAGUUGUUUCCUUGUGAUCUUUCCCGGCCUUCCUGCUGCCCUGCCUCGUCUAUUUUCCCAAAGCCUUUAUCACAUAACUCUUGCCUAUAGGAUUAACCUACUGCAAAAUCUAGUUGUGGAGAUCCAGGAGAGUAGACUUGGGGAGAAUGUGAAGGAAACUGCAGCAAGAACCCCUUGGUGGACACACUGGAGUAUGUCCUCAGGGCAGAGAAGGGGCCUGGGCACAGGACAGAGACCCUGCCCUGGAAUCAUACACCAGCCUGUGUAUCUAUGUGUCCAAAUUACCAGGCAGGGCAGGCGUAGAUGAAGAAGACUCUAGGUGGGUUGGAUAAAAACGUCUUCCAAACUGCCUUCCAGGACCACCACACUUUUGGAUACAUAAAUGAGUUCAGAUAUUUUUUUUUAAUAAAAAUAAAGUUAAAGCUGAAAACUACAAUUUGUGCAUGUGCCAAAGUAUCAUUUUAAGAGCUACUAUUAUGCCAAGCCUGACAAUAUGGUAUUACUCAUAGAGACAAAUCUGGUUUCAAUCUUAAAAUCUUAGAGCAUUUUUGGGAGACUGCUGAUUCAACAUAAAUAGCUGUUGAUCCAGGAGUUAGAGGCCUGUGAUCUCUGCGCUUGCUAGUUUAUAGCGAUGUGGCAUCGAAAUGAUAUCACUUGGAUCACAGCACACACUCCACAACUGUCAUCUCAACUGUGUCUUUAUUGUCUCAGACUUGCUGCCAAAAAUCUCUUUUUACACCGUGAAGUCCAUGAAGUCAUGGGUUUAAUCAUAUUUGAAUGUUUCAGGACUUUGCAGAUGUAUUUAAUGAUGCUCAAAUUGUCCCAUUUGGCCAGUGGGAACUCCUAAAUCAAACUGACUUCUAAUCAAAGCCUUUAAACCCUAUUUGUAAAGGAGGGGAAUUGGUUCACUAAGUAAGCAAAGACUUUCAUCUUGGUUGAGCAGGUUAAGAAUGUACAUACACGUUACCCAGUGCAUUUCUGAUCUGAUGCAAACAAGAAACACAGGGCUCCUGAACCUGGUAGCUUGGGAGCUGGAAGUCACUAUGAUUUUACUCUCUUGCUUCAUCGCUAGAGAAGGUUCAGAAAGAAGUGUGUGUGU